AUGUCUACAUCCGACUCGUACAUCAUCCAAGAUGCACCCCCCGAAUCCCAAGACGAUCUCGAUUCCCUGCCCUCUUCUAUAGCAAGCAGCGAUCUGGAUUCGGAAGAGGAAUCCGAUGCGCAGAGAGAAUGGGAGGCUAGUUUGCAGCAGCUGGAAUUGAUGCUGACGAUGGUCAUUGUGCCAUACGCUGGGAAAUACUUUGGGAGGAAGUUUGCUUAUUGGAGCUGGGCCAAGUUUAUGACGUGGAAGUAUUUGGUAGAAGUGAGGUUUACAAACAAAGGGGCCUUCAAAGCUGCAGGAGCUGUGGAGGCUGCUGCUUCUUUAUGA